UGAACAUCGUCGUCUUCGUUUCAUCUGUAUUUAAUUGUUUUUCUGUAUUCUCUGUUUAUAUUUGUUAUCAAUUCAUUCACUUAUUCAUCCAUUCAUUCACUCUUAUUUGAUACCCCUGGCGUGGCGUAAUUUCAUUUUUAUUCAUUGCAAAGAAAGUCGAGGCUUGAAGAUAGAAAUCGCAAAUCUUGAUUUCGAGGAAAGGAGCAACAGUCCGUCAAUACAGCAGAAACCAGUUUAUCGCAUACAAAUAAUAUUAGGAGGGAAAAAUGACUGAACCGGAAGUCAGAGACUUUUCACCUGGGGGUAUGAGCUCACCGUCAAGAGCUGUGGGAUUUGAUUUGGAGGCUUUCCCUUCGGCUUGUGAGUUUCUUUCACAGCUCUAACCAAUAGUAUAUUUGUGCGACAUAAGCAUACCUUCUCCUCAAGAACUUUCGCAUACUUCAUCAUUUCCUUCCAUGGAAAACAUCCAUAUGCGCACUUUGCGACAAUCUGCUUACCGCAACUUGCAGAUGAUCUCGAACCCUUGACGCAAAGUCAAUCUUCCCCUGACUCUAUCAUGGGACAAUCACCACUUCGACGUCGCACAACCCGCUCAAGAUCCAAUACAUUUCGCACAGUUGAUAUUUCACCACGUCAACCAGAAUGGCAUCCAGGACAAGAACCUGGAUUGGAUCCUUCGAAACCUGAUGGUGGAAGGACAACAGGCUUCAACUUACACGAGGAAUGUCAGAUAACUGUUGUGGAUUUCAGUGAAGAUAAAAUGGUCAAGAGGGAAUUCAAUAAUGAUGAAUUGGUUCAAUUUUUGGAUAUUGAACAGGAGGAAUGGAUUAAAUGUCGAUGGAUCAAUAUUAAUGGACUCAGCUGGGAUGUGAUAAAAGCAGUUGGAAAGAGGAAGAAGCUACACAGAUUGGCGAUCGAGGAUAUGGUAAAUCUUAAUAACAGGACAAAAGCAGAUUGGUAUGUUGUACAGUACUUUCCAAUGAUCGAGGACUAAUAGUAGAUAGGUAUACCGACCAUACUUAUGUUGUUUUGACAUUACAGAAACUCGUUCAUUUGCAUCCGGACAAGGAUAGCGACACGGACAGUGAUGGAGAGGACGAGAAAGAUGUAACACUGGAGAGUCCAAAUAAAAGAAAACGAGCACCAUUUCGGAAGCUUUUAUAUAAUUUGUUGAGACGAAGGAAUCCCAACGUGGUACAGGUCGAUAAGCUCGCAAAUGGUGUUCAUGAUACUACCAAUGACUUUAUCAAUGGACAGACGGAUGGUGUACAGUCUUCGCCGGUCCAAAAAUUGAGGACCUUACAGAGAUAUCAUGGAGGUCCAAAUCAGGAAAGGGCGGCGCACAUGGAGAAAGUUUCUCCUUUAACACAAAAGAAGUUGGCUGUUAGUGCCGAGCAAGUAUCGAUAUUUUUAACUGCUGGCAAGUAGCCCCUCAAUGUCAAUAUAAUGGAGUUUGAUGUCUGACAUGUUAUAGAUAAUACCGUCAUCUCAUUUUUCGAAAACUCUGCGGAUGAUAUUGAGACACCCAUCCUUCACAGAUUAAGCAACUUUGAUACAAUACUUCGCAGGUCAUGCGAUGCAUCAAUGGUAAUGCAGGCCGUUAUCGAUGCUAUCAUUGAUCUUGCUAUACCUGUUACUUUUGCCUAUCAAGACAUAAUUGGUUCAUUAGAACUAGAUGUCUUGACAAAUCCAAAUAUCAAACACACAACAUCAUUAUACGUCGUUACCAGCGAAAUCACUACCUUGCGUAACUUUAUCAAUCCUAUUGCUAAUCUCAUUAAUUCUCUUCGAGAUCAUAAAUAUGCUGGACAAAGAGGUGAUGUGCAAAAAGCAGCAUCGGCUGUUAAGAUUAGUCAAAUGGCACAAACGUACCUCGGAGAUGUGGAAGAUCAUAUCGUACUAAUCACAGAAUCUCUGGAUCAACUUCGAAGAAAUGCCGAUGGAAUGAUUGAUUUAAUCUUUAACACCAUAUCAGCAUAUCAAAACGAGUCGAUGAAACAACUCACGAUUGUCACUAUCAUCUUUCUUCCAUUAAGUUUCUUGACAGGUUACUUUGGGAUGAAUUUUACCGACAUGCCAAGUAUUGAACAUAAUGAAAAAUACUUUUGGCAAAUAGCUUUACCAGUUGCAUUUGCGGUUAUUUGUUUUUUGAUGAGGGAUAUGAUCUUGUGGUGGUUCAGGAGAACAAUACAGAGGAGAGGGAUUUCCAAGAAUAGGAAGGGGAGGGAAAGAAGAGAGAGUAGAAAGAAAGGAAUGAAGGAGAGAAGAAAUAGGUGAAAUUAUAUUGUUAACUUUUAAUGGCCGAGUGGUUGUGGGGGCGGAGGGCGAAUGAGAAUAAGAGCCUGUAACUCGAGACUCUGUUCAUGAUACUAUCUUGAAUAUAUUUGAUAUAUGACCAUUAUUUUAUACUUAAAGAUACA